AUGGCCUCCACAUUUUCAUAUGCGCAAGCCGCGAAGGGCGUCGUCACGCCUGCCACCACGAGCAAGUCGGCAUCCGGCUCUGCUACACCAGCCAAGGACGGCAACGGCGCAUCUGUCCCAGAAACUAGCGCGUCACCCAGCAACUGGGCCGAAGACGUCGAGUCUGAGUCGCGCCCUGAGCAGCCUGCGAAAAACCGCGAGGCGCGCACAGAGCAAGCCGCACCCAAUGUGGUCAAGGUUUCACAACCCGUAGAUGCCUCCAACAUAUCCUCGCCGGAUAUGGGAGCCUCCACUUCGUCGACAGUCACCAAGGACGACGAUGUUUCCUCGAUACCGAACACCUCCUCUGAGUCGACCACCUGGGAUAACAAGUCCCAGGCCUCCACCUCGGUUGAUAAGUCGGUUGAGCCAGUCGAGAAGACUUCUGACAAGGUCAAGAAGGCCAAGAAUGUGCCUGCUAAGCCCCUCCAAGAGGCGCCUGUACCGACUGUGAACCCUUGGAAGAUACGAGCGGACACGAUCAAGUCUCAGGUGCAGAAGGUUGCGCCUCAAACAACCCCCAAUGGAGUGUCCCAUGGGGCAAACGGAGUUCAGGCCAAGAAUGGCGACUCAAAAUCUCAAGAAAAGAUUACAAACGGCGAGAGCAGAAACAAGGGACGAAAAGAGUUCAAGGGUGACCUCGAUGUGAGGAACGGUGCUAAGGGCAGGUUCCCCGAGAAGGAUGCCAAGGCAGCUCCGGCUUCGAGCGCGCUGCCUCCUCCACCGAACCGCGACCAGGAGUCAUGGCCGACUCCCGAGACCGUCAUCGACGAGGAUCGCAAGAAGGCCCAAGAGAAGGGCGAGAAGGAGCAGAAGGAGCGCAAAGAUGGCGCUUCGACUAGCAAGCACGAGUGGGUGAAAAUCCCCUACACACCAACAGUUGUGUUCAACACGCCUCUGCCAAACGCGGCAGGCGCCAGGAGAGGUGGCCGUCCUGGAGGACGCGGUGGAGCAGUGAACGGCGGCAGGCCUACUAGCUUUGGCAACGGUGCUGAACAGACCGAGAAGGAUGGAUUCGCACCGAACGGCGAACAGACGAGGCGCGAGCGCGCUGAGACAGCUACCCAGGAUGCGUCUCCCAAGUCAAAGCGUACUGGUAGCGCAGAUGCCCCUGCACUUAACGGCCAGGCCCCUGUAGUCAACGGCGACGCCGCUGGCAAAACCGCUGGCCCUGUACCCUCCGAGUCUGAAGCGCAGCCCAGGCGAUCGUCAUUGUCCAACGUGCCCGCUCAAAACGGCGCUUAUCAACGUCAGUAUCCCACCAAGCCUCACAAGGGUCGCCGAGGCGAAUUCCACGGUGGGGAGCGAAGGAGAGAUGGCGCAUCCUCACCUACCAAGGAUAACACCUGGGGUGAGCGUCAAAAUUCUGCUGGAACGCAGACAGACGCCGCUGGAGAUGGUGAGCGUAGAGCGCAUACCUUCCAGGACGGCUCCUCGCAUGGCCAUUCCAAGCGCUUUAGUUCGUUCUCUAACGGCCGCGAACGUGGCCGUGGAGGCCGUGGCGGCCGUGGAAACUACACCAAUGGACACCACUUCACCAACGGGCACUCCACGUCGAGCUUUCCCUUGGGCCCACGAUCGCCCACGACCUUUGUACCUGAGAGCAACAGCUUCUUCCCCGCGCCUCACGGCAAAUUCGGUCGCAACAACCACCGUUCACAGUCAUUGACCACCGAUCCAUACAGGUAUCCACCGUUCCAGCCCGGGUACCCAGCUCCUAUUCAAACGUCGCAUGAGAUGUAUCCUUAUGGCAUGCCUGCGCCCAUGAGCGCUGGAUUACCGUACAGCCCAUACGGCGUCGAUCAGUACUCGGUCUUCGCUAUGAUCACGACCCAAGUGGAGUACUACUUCUCUGUUGAUAACUUGAUCAAGGACUUGUACCUACGUCGCCACAUGGACUCUCAGGGAUUCGUUGCUCUUGAAUUCAUCGCCGGUUUCAACCGCAUCAAGAGCCUGUCUCCUGAUAUCGACAUGAUCAGGCUCGUCUGCCAACAGUCUGCCACAAUCGAGUACCGCACCAGCGAGAACGGCCAGGACCGACUACGUCGCAAGGAAGGCUGGCAGCAGUGGGUUCUUGACAUGGCCGAGCGUGAUCCGUCUGCACAGAACGAGGGACCAAAAGAGCUGAACCAGCCUCAGGUCUCUCGCCCUGCGGGCUUCGAUCCAUCCAACCCUCCUCAGUGGUCGGCCAUGUCCCCAGCAUUCAGCCCGUUCGGUAACGAGGGCGCGUAUCCCCAAAUGAACGGUUUCCAUCCCGUUGCCCAGGAUGCCGGUUCAGUGCCGGCGGAGACGAAUGGCUUGGCUGCCGAAGAAGUGAACGCGGCCGUCUCGAAUGGUCACCCAAUCGAGAGCUCGACAAAGGCUGUGAGUGGAGAUAUUCCUGAUUCUUUUUCCGACUUGCAACUCGACAGCUUGACAGUCGUCAUGCGCAAGCAACCCCCAUCGCAAAUGUCGUUGCCUCCUUCCGUUUCCCGAACGUUUUCUAAUGGCUCCAUCGAUAGUAAACAUGGCGUGCCAGAUGAGCCGGAGAAGUCAAUCACCUGCCAAUUAAGGGUCAACGGUGCCGGAAUGUCUGAUGGGUAA